UAUUGCUUCUCCGUGUUCACAAAUAGCCCCCAAGACCAAUCAAUCCUAUCGCAGUAGAACGUGUACCGUCUGCAUCUUCAUCACACCGCUGCAUUAAGGAACACUUUUGAAUCCCUCACUCUAGCCACAAUGUCAUCCAUCAGAGCCCUUCGUUUACAAUCGGCACUCCGUCCCUCCGCACUCCGUCCCGCGCACCGCACCGCCCGCCGAACAUACGCCGUAAAGGAACCCGCCCGCGACACGCCGACCUACCACGGCGGCGACCAAUCACCGCCUGCCGGCUCAAAGGAGAAAGCCCUAACAAAACCCGACGAAGUGAGAAGCAACGGAACUCUCUAUUCCAUCGUGGGCGUCGCCGUGACGGUCGGCGCAUUCUUCGCCUUCCUUACCGGCUCCCCCGACCGCGCCGCCGGUGUAAUCGAGAACAGCACCCGCGGCAAGGGAGAAGGCUCGGCGUUUGUUGGCUACGGGUCCAAGCCGUCCAGCGAGCGGCACCUGGAGGAGACGACGGGGCGGGACCCGCUCCGGCAGAGCGGCCUGGCGGGGCUGAAGAGCGAGCAGACGGACCCGAACCAGCCCUCGACGAGGAACUGAUGGAAGCCUGAUUGUUUUCCUUUCUGCACAUAGCCACCAAUAUACGUUCAUCCAAAC